AUGCAGCAGCAGCAAGACGAGCAGCAGCAGCAGCAGCAGCAGCAGCAGCAGCGGCAGCACCAGCAACGUCAGCAGCAGCAGCAGCAGCAACAGCAGCAGCAGCAACAGCAGCAGCAGCAGCUGCAGCAAAUUCUGCAUCGCGUUUCCCAAGCCCCAGUGCUGAAGAAUCUUCGCGAGGCAGCCGCAGCAGCAGCAGCAACGAACCCAAAGGCCGGUGUGUAG